GUGCCAGUCGCCAGAGCCAUAAAAAAAAAAGUACAUUGUAAUUUGUAAACAUUGUGCUGAUAUUUCGUUUUAAAUUUUUGUGUAUUAUUUAUGUAUUUUAAAUAUAUGUGUUGUAAUUAAUACGAUCUCUAAAUUGGUUCCCGAUGGAAUUUUAAAUAAUCGGUCAGCUCUUCCUAUAUAAAAUUUGUCAUCUAGCGGCUAGUAAAAUCAAUUAAUAACAUGUUAUCACAAAUUGAAAGCAAACCCAUGCCAUACAAAUUGUAUUUGGCGAUUGUUGAAGAUUUUAACAAACUUACAUCUUUUAGUCGAAAGGCUGAAAAUAUGAUUAGAAAAAAAUAUAAAGACAUACCAUCUACAACCAUUGGAAGUAUAAUUUCCAUGUUGGUACAGAGAUCUAUGAAAUUAAGUUAUAGAAAAUCACCUGUUAUUUCCAGUAGAUAUUAUGAUUUAUAUGAAAAUUUAAUCAAGAAAGAAGACAAAAGUGAAGUUAUAAUACAAUUGGCUGAUAGUCAAGGUAUUAGUCCUGCUCUAUUUGUCAGAUCGCUGUUACAAAAUGUAUACACAGACUCAACAAUGGUAAAAAAAUGUUUAAAAGACUCGACAAUUAUUGAAAAUAAAGAUUUAGCUUUUCAAGUGUUUUUGGGUAUUAUGCACGAUAAUCAAUAUGGCCCAUAUGCUGAUAUUAUUAAACAGUCUAUUGGACUGGAGUAUGAACUACGAUUAGAACAAGAGUUAAAAACCAUGAAUAUAACAUUUUCUGAUGAAAGCAUACUUAGGCUAAGAGGCUAUGACAAGACUCCUGACUUUAAAUUAGAUGUACCCAUUGCUGUGGACGGAUUUGUUGUUAAUUGGAUUGAAAGCAAAGCGUUAUUUGGUGAUGAAGAGAAUCAUUUAGGAUAUCUAAAAGAACAACUUAUUUGUUAUUGGAAUAGAUUUGGUCCAGGUCUCGUAAUAUACUGGUUUGGAUAUUUAGAAACUCUUGAAAAUACUCCUGAAGUAAAUAGCAUGUUUAUUCUGAGAACUAAAUUUCCCAGCAAGGAUACUAUAACUCAGUAUAAAAUUGACAUGUAAUUUAAUUUUAUCAUUAUAAUUUUUGUGAUACAUAAUAAUAAGUAAACAAUAUACUAUAAUGAUUAUACUAUAUGAAACUGGAAUUACCAUGUUUCAUUCAUAGCCUUUUGUUUCAAGGAGGUUAGGGGAGUGUUUUUGAUGUUUAAGAGCGACUAAACAUUGGGCGUUUGGCGUAGCGAUUGACGCGCGUUGGUAGCAUACAUACACCGCGCUUUGCAGGCGCUCGACGAACGUCAGUAGGGCCGAGGGCGAGUAUACUGUUUACACUAUACAUCUGGCUCAGUUCGGAAAUGGAUUAUGGACUUUGAAGUGGUUGCUUGUGUGUGGCCUCUACCGUCGCUAUAAAAGAUAAUGAGACAAAGAGAAUAUUGAGUGCACCCAAUACUAAAAGUAGGCUGACUCAUGGAAUGUUUGUUACAUUGUAUUAAAA